AGUCUCCCCAGGACAGUGCUAUCACCCGGGAUAUUAACCGAACAUUCCCAGCCCAUGACUACUUUAAGGACACAGGAGGAGAUGGACAAGAUUCCUUAUACAAAAUAUGCAAGGCUUAUUCUGUGUAUGAUGAAGAGAUUGGCUAUUGCCAGGGCCAGUCAUUUCUUGCUGCUGUAUUGCUUCUCCAUAUGCCUGAAGAACAGGCAUUCAGUGUUCUGGUCAAGAUCAUGUUUGACUAUGGUCUCAGGGAACUUUUCAAGCAAAACUUUGAAGAUUUGCAUUGCAAAUUUUACCAGUUGGAGCACCUAAUGCAGGAAUACAUUCCUGACCUGUACAACCACUUCCUGGAUAUAAGCCUUGAAGCGCACAUGUAUGCUUCCCAGUGGUUUCUUACACUUUUCACUGCAAAAUUCCCUCUCUACAUGGUCUUCCAUAUCAUCGACCUGCUUUUAUGUGAGGGAAUAAGUGUGAUUUUUAAUGUCGCCCUUGGAUUAUUAAAGACUUCCAAGGAUGACCUGCUGUUGACAGACUUUGAAGGUGCCUUGAAAUUCUUUAGGGUUCAGCUUCCUAAGAGAUAUCGCUCAGAAGAAAAUGCAAAAAAACUAAUGGAAUUAGCUUGUAAUAUGAAGAUUAGUCAGAAAAAGUUGAAAAAAUAUGAAAAAGAAUAUCACACUAUGAGAGAACAGCAGGCCCAGCAAGAAGACCCCAUCGAGCGAUUUGAGAGAGAAAAUAGGCGUCUACAGGAAGCUAACAUGAGGUUGGAACAGGAAAAUGAUGACUUAGCCCAUGAGCUGGUGACCAGCAAGAUUGCACUGCGGAAGGACCUGGAUAAUGCUGAGGAAAAGGCAGAUGCACUGAAUAAGGAACUGCUGAUGACCAAACAGAAGUUGAUCGAUGCAGAAGAAGAGAAAAGGCGGUUGGAAGAAGAGUCUGCUCAGUUAAAAGAAAUGUGUCGUCGGGAACUUGACAAGGCAGAAUCUGAGAUUAAAAAAAACAGUUCUAUCAUCGGUGACUACAAGCAGAUUUGUUCUCAGUUGAGUGAAAGAUUGGAGAAGCAGCAGACAGCUAAUAAAGUGGAAAUUGAGAAAAUUCGGCAAAAAGUGGAUGACUGUGAGCGCUGUCGAGAAUUUUUUAACAAAGAAGGGUGUGUAAAGGGCAUCAGCUCAACCAAGGAGGUUUUAGAUGAGGACACAGAUGAAGAGAAAGAGACACUCAAGAACCAGCUGAGAGAGAUGGAACUAGAACUGGCACAAACCAAACUCCAGUUGGUGGAAGCCGAGUGUAAGAUACAGGACUUGGAGCACCAUUUAGGCCUUGCCCUCAAUGAGGUGCAGGCAGCCAAGAAGACAUGGUUUAACCGAACACUGAGCUCCAUAAAGACAGCAACCGGGGUUCAAGGGAAAGAGACUUGCUGAGAGCAGCUUCCGCCUCCAGACACCUUCAGAAAACAAGACACCUUUUGUUGCCUUCUUUGGCCAGAUGUGUGAUUCUGUGACUUGUCCCAGGACCAGAAUGUAUCUGUCAAAUCCAUAGGCGCAUGUUGGUAGGUCAUUGGACCAGGGCUCAUGAAGCAGGCAGCCUUUGGGGUAAGACUACUGAUACUAACAGGCCUGCUAGCUCAGCUGAUGCUCUGGACACUCUAGAAAUCACUCCUCAGUGAGACCUCCCAGGCCUCCUCCCCGUGUAGGUCAACACCUCACCCAGCCUCAAGGCUGAGUUUACACGAUCAGAGUUUGGGGAUCCUUCAGUCUGUUGAUUUAUUUUGUAAACCUUUAAUUAAAAAAAAUAUGUAUAUAUAGGUACAUAUAUAUGUACACAUAUAAAAGGGGGAGGAGAGCGAGGGAUCAGAAACUCAAAUAAAUCUUACCUGCUUCAGCGUAAGCAGAAGCCCCAGGUAGACAUGAAAAAGCACUUUGUUUUGAAUGAGGGUUUCAUAGUUGUAGUUGAAACCACCUAGUUCUGUUAAAAUAUAUGAUGCACAGGUUUUUGGCUUGGCAUUAUUCAUGUUUCUGAUCAAUUCUAUGCAACUCUCAUAUUCCUGUUAUUUUUUUAGCAUUAGCUGCCAAAUGACUUCAGAAGGCUGGGGUGGGUGACUUGACUGUGAGAAUGGAUUAGUCAUAAUGUGGACAAAUCUUAUUUUGCUUAGUGUGUCUGUGUGUGUGUGUGUGUGUGUGUGUGUGUGUGUGUGUGUGUGUGUGUGUGUGUGUGUAUACAAAUAACUUUUCCAGUAUACCCAACUGACGGUGUUUAAAUCCCAAACUAGGACUGCUGACCUGCACAGCUUAAUUAUGUGGUUAUUUGGGCACUUAAUUUCAUUCAAGAUCUUUUUGGCUCUGUUCACAGAAGAACUCCCUCGCAUCAAAGUUCCUAGUGUUUUUGCACAACAGUUGUUCAAGUGAGAAAAACUGAGUCAUGUGUCUGUGUAAGUGUGAGAAUGUGCAAGAUGUACAUUCUGUGAAGUCACUAUCCUCCUGGCCUGGUCCCUCGCUGAUGGGCUGGGCCUCUGAGCCCUCCCAAAGUUUGGUUGGGUGCAGACAUCAUUACUCAGGCAGGCUGCAGGUUCUCACUUCAAAGCUAUGGAACAGAGUUUUUAGCACCUUUAAAGACAAACUUUUAAUUUAUAUAGUGAUAUACUGACAGGCUGAUUUGCAGAUCUUGUCUUCUGCAUUCAGUGUGGAGGUGGCUGGGUUACAAGAGGCACUGGUUUGUAUAUAAUGACACUUGGGUUGUUUUGUAGCUCUUUUCUUGCUGGCUGUACUAAUGCUUGCUGAGGUCAUCCUUGAUAAGGGAGGUAACAAGUGGCAACCCCCUCCCCCCAAUCAUCCCCUCCGCUGCUUUCUGUGUCUUUCUUGUUCCGUUACCAAAACAGCUGUAAGCCCAUCUAAUGCUAGGUGCGUGGACAUUGUGCUAGGGUAGUUUCCGUGUGUCAACUUGAUGAAUUGAAAUAUAAACCAGUAAAAUUGUAUUACUAUUUCUUUUGUUGGUUUUAUUUUAAAAGCAUAUUCAUUAAAUAUUUUGGUACAAA